CAUCGAUCUCUCUCCUUUCUCAUUGGCAACAGCAGGAAUGGCAUGCUCCUCGGCCGCGCCCAAAUUCACGGUGCGAAGGCGACCGGAGGUGCUGGUGGCGCCGGCGGCCCCUACGCCUCAUGAGCUGAAGCGACUCUCAGAUUUCGAUAACCAGGACUGUCUGAGGUUCCAAAUCCCCGUCAUCCAGUUCUACCGGAGGAACGAGUCCAUGGGCGGUAAGGACCCCGUGCAGGUUAUACGGGAUGCUCUUGCCAAAGCCCUUGUGUCCUACUACCCGUUCGCUGGACGGCUCCGAGAGCACGAUGGAUACAAGCUCGCCGUUGACUGCACCAGUGAGGGGGUCUUGUUCGUUGAGGCCGACGCUGAUGUUGGCCUUGAGCACUUUGGUGACCCCAUACUGCCGCCCUUCCCGUGCCUGGAGGAGCUCAUCUUUGACGUCCCCGGCUCUUCCGCCAUCCUCAACGCUCCCCUCCUGCUCUUCCAGGUGACGCGACUCGCGUGUGGAGGAUUCAUCCUUGCGGUCCGACUGAACCACACCAUGGCUGACGCACAGGGGCUGACGCAGUUCUUGGGCGCUGUGGCAGAGCUUGCACAGGGUGCGCAGGCACUGUCCGUGCUGCCGGUGUGGAGACGCGAGCUGCUGGAGGGGCGCUACCAGCAACACCCGGCGCUAGUGCGCGACAAGUCAAACGAGGUGCCGGGCAGUGACACUGACACCAUAGCUAGCAGUAUCAUGCUUCCAUUAUUAGAUAACGCGGCGCUCCAGCUCCGGUCCUUCUUCUUCGGGCCCCGAGAGAUCGCCGCUAUUCGAGCCCAGCUCCCGCCGCACCUUCAGAAACGUGCCUCAAAGUUCGACACCAUCGCGGCCUGGGUGUGGAAGUUCCGCACGGUGGCGCUGGCCCCGCAUCCCGACAAGGUGAUGGAGCUGAAUGUGCUCGUUAACGCCCGCGGCCGCAACACCGCCGCGGCCGGCAUCCCCAUCGGCUACUAUGGAAACGCGUGCACGCUCCCGGCCGCCAUAUCGACAGCUGGGGAGCUCUGCGCGAACCCCUUGAGCUACGCCGUUGAGCUUGUGAAGAAGACGAAAAACCAGGUGGACAUGGAUUACAUGCGGUCAGCGGCCGACCUCAUCGUGCUGCGCAGGGGGCAAAGUGCGCGGUUCACCACGGGCAUGUAUUGCCUGUCGGACCAAACCAGGGCCAGGUUUGACGACCUCGAUUUCGGAUGGGGCAAGCCGGUGUAUGGGGGUCCGGCAGAAGCUGUACGCUUCCUCUCCUGGCUGGAAAGCUUCCUCUUAACCUCCAAGAACGCCAACGGGGAGGACGACAUCGUCGUACCGAUCCUCCUGCCUGUCCCUGCUAUGGAUAGGUUGGUGGAAGAGAUGAGCAAUCUGGUGCGCCUAUCAGCCGAUGUGACCCUGCUGCACCAGCCUCCCGUAUUCCCUGUCAAGAGGUCAGCGCUAUGAAUAAUUCACCAUGUGCUGAGUAUGACCAAAAUGAUGCUUCAUCUCGUCGCAUAGUAGCAUGAGAAUAGAGUCCAGUGAUACGCUAUUGUACGUUUGUCUCAAGAGGUUCUGUUUAUCCUAUACACUAUAUUUUAUCAAUAAAAUAAUGCAGUGCUCAUCA